AUGGCGCGAAGUAGAAAAAUCGUUGUGGGCAGCUGGGUGCUCUUGAUCUCGGGUCUGAGCGUCGGUUUGGCAGCGACGGAAGAGGAGUUGACGAUAAACGUGAACGGUAAAAGGCCCCUGGCAGUCGUCAGCGACAAGUUCUUGAGUAUUACGCUCGAUCCCGUUGUUUUGUUCGGUGGUGAUACGCUGAGCGACAUCGAGAAAAGCAUAAGCAUGGCACAAGCGCUUUCACCGGCUUACCUGCGCAUCAAUGUAAAAAAAAAAAAUCCUUGAACUUGCCAAACUUUUUCGAACCUUUCUGACACUUACACACAAGUAUGACAGGUCGAUAUGUAUCAAUGUUUAGAAGCACAGUGGACUCUCGUCAACAAGUGGGCCAGACGAGCAGGCCUGGACGUGAUAGCAUGUAUAGCGCCUCGGCUGUCGGACAAAAGUCACUCAUGGGAGCCCACGAACGCCCUCGACCUCAUUUCCUUCAGCGACCGCUUGGGCUACAACGCCAGCUGGCAACUCGGAUAUGAAUGCCAGGCACGCUGCAAAACAAGUGGCUCAAAGCUGGGCCAAGAGGUACAACGGUUGCGCAAAAUGCUGGACGCGUUCCCGCGUUACAGCGACGAGGCCACUAACGGUGGCAUCGUUAUCGGACCUGAUGUCGUUACUUUUAAAACUCACGAGCAGCAGCAGUACCUUCAAGACUACUUUAGUGUCGCUGGAUCGGCGCUUACUGCUAUUACUUGGCAUCCGGACUUUGCGGGUAUCAGUAUCGAUAACGAUGGAGUCUCAAUCUAUCAUGACAAUCUUGCUACAGAAAAAGAUAGCCUUCUCAAGAUUGCUGGGACUAAAAUUGCAAAAAAACCAUUAUGGAUUGCCGAAUCAAAACGAGAGGUCUGCAAGCAGAAUUUCUUAGGAGCACUUGUGUGGGCAAGGCGAUUAGGGAAUUCCGCAAAACUUGACAUCCAAGUUCUCAUGAGACAACCGGACCACUCUGAUCUCUUCAGACCAACACCGGACUACUGGGUGUCGAUGCUACACAAACUGCUGGUAGGCCGAGUAGUUCUUGACGUGAAAAUAGCUAACGGUAAUCGCACCCACGUAUUUUUUUACGCUCACUGCACGAAGCCGUCGGUGGACUACGAAAAGGGUUCGCUUACGAUUUUUGGAAUCAAUCUCACACCAACAAAAAUUACGGCGUCUGUAGCUCUCAAGGGCCUCCGAUCCCAGGUAGUACACAAGUACGUCUUGUUACCUGGUUUUGAUGCGCCGAACCGAAUGUUUGCCCAAUCAACUAUGCUGAACAAUGAACUGCUGACACUGGUCGGGGGAAAAAAAGUUCCUCACAUACGGCCCGUGAUCUACAGCGAUGAAAGAGGAGUGAAAUUAAGUUUGCCAUCUGGUGGGAUUGGCUUUUGGGUUCUCCCUGGCGUCAAAAUCAAAGCGUGCAUGGAGCAAGAAGAAGAAAUGGCGAAAAAAAAUUUAUCGAAAAAAAUAGCCAAGCAAUUCGAAGACUUGGCAGUCGAUCCUCCGCUUCAAUCGCCAAUCCCCAGCGGGGCGUCUGACGAACAGAAAAGAUCCAACCAGCAGCAGAGUCAAAAACGAUCCUUGACUCGACAGCACCAUCACAAGGACUUUAAGGAUAAUGGGCGCAACGAUUCGGAAGAAUCGAGAAAAUUCCAGAUGAGCCAGAUUGAAUUGGCGAAGCGUAGCUUGAAAAGACUCGACAAAAUUCUGAACAAGCGGGAUAAUCAAGCUAACAAACGCAAGAGUGAAAGUAUUCAUGGGGUGUUGGUUGACAACAAAGAAGGUGAAAGAAAGAGCCCAAUCUCCGAGGAGGAUUUGUCUGAGGGAUCGAGUGACAGUCUGGAAACUGAACAAUCCGAAAAGGAAAUCCAAGUUGCGCUCGAGGAGUACAGAAAUCACUUGGACAGUGAAACACGAAAAAAACAAAACAGCGCCAUGGGAGGAGUACAAAAGGAUUUGAAUAAGGUUAUGGAUACGGAGAAGGCAAUUGAAGCGCUUACCUUGAUCACAAAAGUGGAAAAUGUAAUAAAAUUAUUGGAACCAGAGGUUGAGGACCAAGACAGCGACUCGAAGUUGAACUUACAAAUAGGCAAUGAAAGCUCUGAUGCUCUGCUCCAUGAGGUUCUGAACAGUAAAAAAUCGAAGCGAACUAUCAUACCAACGGGAAUCGAGGACCAGUUGAAGGCUCUGUAUCAAUUGUUAUCUGAAGAAGAGAAAGAGAAGAAAAAUAAAUCACGCCAGAGGCGUGAAUUCAGCAAGAAUUUAGAGGAUGACCGACAAAAAGAGUAUUCAGCCAACCAAAAACGGGGAAAAAACCCCCAGAUCAAAAACCAUGUAGAUAACUCAAAGCAACGACAUGGAUCACAGAAGAAAGACGAACGUACGUCUGAUGAAAUCGAUGAAAAAGAAUUUUCUGCUCUUCAAACUCAGCCACCCCCCAAGAUAUUUUCAGAGGAUGAAAUCAACGUACCAACAAGCAUCGACCCAAGUAAGAUCGAAGGUAAACCACGGCAGUCAACAACAAUAGUCAUUGAAGACAAAAAUGGAGAUACGUCAUUGGAAGUCGAAAACACUGAUGACAUGCCCAACGUUUCCCAUGGGGAAGCUAAUGAACAAAAGAUGGUUGAAAAAACGAAUACCAAGACUUUCGACGACUCGCAAAGAGAAACAUCAAACAAGGACGAAGUAAUUGACGAGACCACUACAACCCCGGAUGGUGAGAUGAAUACUGAACCAUCAAUUUUCAAAAGUGUAACACUUUUGCCGGGUGGUGCAAGUGGAUAUGAAAAUCAGCGAACUAAGAGACAAGUAAAUGAUCUCGAGGAAAUUUUACACGAAGAAAUGAUGUCCCAAGAUGACAGCAACUCGAAAGAUUGCCAUUGCAGAGUCAUCCGGGCCUCAAGCAAUUGUAAAGUCUGCACCACCAGAGGGGAAAAGCCUAAUCCACGAAGAAUCAACGUACCAGCUCGAGUGUUGCGAUACCCUCUUCCACGCACUUCCAGUCGUACUGGACAUAGAACGCGACGAGAUACCCAAGAUUCCUCACAUGUGAGUCGAAGCAAAGUGAGAAGGCAAAGGAAUCGAGGGUUAAUUGAAAAUUGUACCUCUUCUUCGGAAAAAGGAAAAUCAAAGACCACUGAAAUGUCGGUAGAUAACGAUGAAAAAUUGGAUCAACGAGUAGAUUCAAAAGAAUUCGUCACUGAAAGAAUUUCAACAACUCGUGUUGGUAAACUAAAGACCGCUGAAAAAAUCAUCAAAAAUGAGUUGGCAUUGGAAAAUGAUGGAAGAAAAAUUGCGGGAAAUCGUUUACCAAGAACCAUCUCACCCACUCCAAAGUCCGUUCUUAAGAAAAGAGUUUCUAAGAUCAAAGACAAUUUACAAAAUGACCAAGAAGACGGUAAUGAAUCUGUCGAUGACUUCAACAUAUCUUUAACCACUGAUAAAAAUCCUAGCCACAAGCAAGUUGUCAACACACAUAGUAGGGAAGCCAAAAAAGACAAAGUUAUCGAUAAGUCAAAGAUAUUAAAAAGUAAUGUAGAACAACCUUCUCAGACCAAAGAUUUGAGGAAAAAUGUCAAAGUAAAUCUAGAUUCUAUUACUGAAAAAAAUUUUAAAACCGAGUCACUUAAUGAUAGAAAAGAGAAACAUACGAUGAGAGGUACGAGCUCUAAUAAAAAAAAGAAACAAACUGAAAACCAAAAUGGGGAGACUUUAGUCACAAGUACACCUGCCAGUAUGCCAAAUUCCGCAUACGUAAAAUCUAAAAGUACUAAAGAACAACAUUAUCAGACCAAAGAUUCGAAGAAAAACUUGAAAGCUAAUCCGGAAUCUAUUUCUGAAAAAAGCCACACUACCAACUCAUUUAAUGAAGAAAAAAAUAAACAUGGGAUAAAAAGCGGAAGUUCUAAUAGAAAAAAUAAACGAAUCGAAAACAAAAAUGCUGAAACUAAAGUCUUAAGUACACCAACAAGUGCGCAAAGUUCUGUGAUUACCAGAUCAAAAAGUGAUGUAGGAAAAUCACAUCAGGCUAAAGAUUCAAAAAGAAUUAAUGAUAAUGUCUACAAAACAAUGAGUGCAGAAAAAAACUUUGAUGCAGACUCGUUUGAUAGUAAAAAAAUUACAAAAAAAAAGAAACAAAGUGGAAACCAGAGCACUAAUUUUUUAUCCUCAAGUACGAAAAAUUCUUCAAAUAAAUUAAAAAAUGAAGCAGGACAAUCUGUUCAGACUAAAGAUUCAAAGAGAAACAAUGCUAACGUCAAUAAUAAAAUAAAUCCAGAAUCUAUUAAAGAAACGAAAUCAAAGGCUGAUGUAACCAGUAAAGAAAAAGAUCAACGCAUGACAAAAAACUCAAACCCCAACAAAAAAAAGAAACAAACUGAAACUCAAACUACUGAAACCGCGGUCUCGAGAACAUCAAUCGGGACACCAAACAACUCAAGAAAACAAUCAAUUCCGAAGAGUAAGAAUAUGGAUGCAACGAUUACUCAAAUUGAUCAAACCAAGUUCAAACAAGCAAAAUUGCUGACAAGAUCAGAAGAACUGGUGACUCCAAAGAAAGAAAACACAAGUAGACACGAUAAAAAAAGAAUGGAGAUACCUCCGAACACGAAAAGUUAUGAAAAUGGUAGAGUAAUUGAUCAUAAAAUACGACGCGAAGAGUUGGAAAAAAUAAAACUCCAGUUACGAGCGAAACGUGAAAAAAUCCUACAGCAGUAUAGAGACGAGUUAAUAGAAGCGAUACACAAAAACUCGGAUAUCAAAUUUCGCAAUAGACAAAAACGAGAUGUACUAGCUACUCAGGCAAAUACAAAAAGAAAUGAAUCAACGGCAGACCAGAAAACAAUAAAGUAUAUUGUUCAAAAAGACACGCACCAAUCAGCAGAAAAUGAAAGGAAAAUACCAAUCAUCGAAGUUACAGGACCACAUCAUGAUAUACAAAAGAGGAAAUCAUCAGAACCAGUCGGAUCAGAAAUGAGCAAAGAUAAGAACAUGAAAAAUGUCGAAGAUUUGGAUGAUAAGAAACAAAAGACUCCGAUUAAUAUUUAUUUUGAUGAUGAAUCAUAUGACCCGAUAAAGAAUGCAGGAAUUGAGUCUAUAACAAGAUCACCCUAUCUUUAUUCAGACAGAUUUGGUGGUACCGAAAGGUAUGGAAACCCAACACUGGAAUAUGGAGGAUCGGGAGAAAGUAGUCAAGAAUACUACACUCAGCAGCCACAAUAUCGACAAUCAAAUCAAUUUCACCCUUAUCUAAUAUAUAAUCAAGAUGGUGUUGUACCAAACAAAUAUGGCCCAAAUUAUCAUCAACGAGAUAUUGUGCCGAACGAUAGAAUUGUUGUAAACUUAGACAAAAAGGUUGUGCAACAUCCAUCAGGUGUUAGUGACUUCGAUAAAAACGAUCAGAGUCAAAAUCAGUCAAAGCAGCAGAAAAACCAGUCACAAGAACCACUGAUAUCUUUGCGACAAAACGGAUUACCACAGAAAUCUCAGGCAGAUGAAAGUCUACAUAAAAGCAAUACUUCACCCAUCCAACAUGAAACAGUCAAAUCAAACCAUAGAAAAGAAAGAAAAAUAAAUCUAAAAAUCUUUGAAGUGCACCCAUCGAUUUAUGAUAAUGACGACUAUAAUUACAGUUUUCGAGAAAUAUAUCCUGAACCAUCGUACCUCUUUCCUGUUGGAGGCUAUCGUCCUGGUCCCUACGAGUAUAUAAACAGCAGAUAUAAAAGGGCAAUGCAUAGAAAACCAAUGAUUCAAGAGCCAUUAUCAUUUAAUUUGGGCCUUGAAAAAUCAAAGAAUAACAACAUGAAAGACAUCGAAAAUUUCAAAAGGAAAAAACGAUCGUACACAGAUAAUUCGACUGACUAUCAUCAAAAUUUCAACGAUAUCAGCAUUCAACUAGACGACCUGGACGUGAACGUAUCUCCGAUGGACGAGAAACUACUUCAAAUGAAGAAAUAUUUAGAACUACCCAACAACCCUCUGAGCAAAGAACGAAGUACACUUGAAAAAAUAACCAACUCGACAACACAGGCAAACAUCGAGUCAAUUGUGGUGGAUGCACUACCGAAGAUCGAGACCCUCGUCACUGAAAAAUUGAAAAAAGCGCAGAGUCUGACGGGGUCUUUCAAAGAUUUUAUCGAGACAUUUGAUGAAACUCUCGAUGAAACGACACAGAUGACAAAUACUGAAAAUUCCGCUACUGAGGUCAACGAUGAAAAAAAUGACCACAGUGUCAUUCAAUCUACGGUGAACAGUGUCAAAAAAUUUUUUGACGUUGCCUCGGCAAUCACUCACCUUGUAUUGAGUCAAGGAUAA